AUGCCUCAGCCAAGCUACCACCAUGCAACACAUGGCGGCUAUAGACCAAUUGUUGGGAGGGGAUAUAUUGGUGGAAUGAAAGGCAUUGCAGCCAUUGGGGGGAAGGAAGGCAUUGCACCUGCUAGCGGGAUGGAAGGCAGUGCAACUUUUGGUGGGAUGGUGAAAGGCAGUGCAGCCAUUGGUGGGACGGAAGGCAUUGCACCUGUUAGUGGGAUGGAAAGCAGUGCAACUUUUGGUGGGAUGGUGAAAGGCAGUGCAGCCACUGGUGGGACGGAAAGCAUUGCACCUGCUAGCGGAAUGGAAGGCAGUGCAACUUUUGGUGGGAUGGUGAAAGGCAGUGCAGCCAUUGGUGGGACGGAAGGCAUUGCACCUGCUAGUGGGAUGGAAGGCAGUGCAACUUUUGGUGGCAUCGUGAAAGGCAGUGGAGCCAUUGGUGGGAUGGUGAAAGGCAUCGCACCUGUUGAUAGUAUGCAAGGCAGUGGAGCCAUUGGUGGGGUGGUGAACGGUAUCGCACCUAUUGGUAGGAUGCAAGGCAGUGGAGCCAUUGGUGGGGUGGUGAAAGGCAUCGCACCUAUUGGUAGUAUGCAAGGCAGUGGAGCCAUUGGUGGGGUGGUGAAAGGCAUCGCACCUAUUGGUAGUAUGCAAGGCAGUGGAGUCAUUGGUGGGGUGUUGAAAGGAAUCGCACCUAUUGGUAGUAUGCAAGGCAGUGGAGCCAUUGGUGGGGUGGUGAAAGGCAUCGCACCUAUUGGUAGGAUGCAAGACAGUGGAGCCAUUGGUGGGGUGGUGAACGGCACCUCACCUACUGGUAGUAUGCAAGGCAGUGGAGUCAUUGGAGGGGUGGUGGAAGGAAUAGCACCUAUUGGUAGGAUCGGUGGGAUGCAAGGCAGUGGAGCAAUUGGUGGGGUGGUGAAAGGCAUCGCACCUAUUGGUAGGAUGCAAGGCAGUGGAGCCAUUGGUGGGGUGGUGAUAGGCAUCGCACCUAUUGGUAGGAUGCAAGGCAGUGGAGCCAUUGGUGGGGUGGUGAAAGGCAUCGCACCUAUUGGUAGGAUGCAAGGCAGUGGAGCCAUUGGUGGGGUGGUGAAAGGCAUCGCACCUGUUGGUAGGAUGCAAGGCAGUGGAGCCAUCAGUGGGUGGUGA